AUGGCGUUCUAUGCCGCCAUCGCAGGAUGCUUCGUUGGCCUCUUCUCGUUGCUCGCCAUUCCCCGUGUGAUCGCCAUGCUCGUCGCUCGAUUUCGCGAGAAGCACCAACAGCGUCGUGAUAGACAAUCACAAAGGGAAAAUCGGACCAGGCUCACUCCCACAACUGGAUUAAUCGGUCUUUUGGAUAUGGCAAAGAAAUUUGGCUCGUUAUAUUAUCGAAGAGGACCAGCAUUGCGAAGCUUUCUGUGUGGAUACUUGUAUACGACACUUGAGCAUUACCCUUCCAAUGCUUCGGCAAACGCGCGAAGGUCAGAGAUCAACAUUACCACCGCCAUUUCACUCGUUCAAGUCUGUUUUGACCAGGAAAUUGUUAAGGAACACGGACAGAAGGCUGCCACCAAUUCUUUCUAUACCCCAGCUGCUCCUGUCACCGGGCCUACGGGAGACGAUCAGGGAGAGACAGUCAACGAGGUGCCAUUUCGACUGCAAACCUAUCCGUGA